UUUUCUUACUCAUAAGUGUGCUGUAUUCACAUAAAUUCAUUCACACCUACAUUUUCUCUUUUAACCCUCUACUACUUAAUGUUCUCUCUCGCCAGCUUUUUUUCUUAACUCAUGGAUUCAUUUUUCUUCACAGCUUUUCUCAUUGUUGCGGCAUCCGCCAUUGAUGGAGCUCGUGGAGCUACGGUCCUUAGCGGAACUGUCUUCUGCGACCAAUGCAAAGACGGACAGGUGUCCCUUUUCGAUUACCCCUUAUCUGGGAUGAAGGUGACGAUGGUCUGCCCGGGGAGCGACGGGCAGUUCACUGCAUGGAGAGAAGAAACCACGAACUGGUUAGGUAACUACGGUAUGAGAUUCGACGGUACGCCGAAUCUGAUUGGUUGCUACACUCAGGUUUCCGGCAGCAACGGGCAGGUUCCGAACGGCUGUGGGGCAGCUGCUGGUCCCGCAAAGUCUCCAAGACUUUUGUUCAACAUGUUUGAUAUGGCAAUGUACGCUGUGGAUCCUUUGCUUUCUCAGCCUGCAGCGCCCAUGCCCUUCUGCCCGAGAUCUGCCGCCCCCACUCUGCCUCCACCGCCACCUCAGCAGUCAUUUUUCCCACCACCGCCACCUCAGCAGCCGCUUUUCCCACCACCACCACCUCAGCAGCCAUUUUUGCCACCGGUGUCUCGGUUGCCUCCGACGCCUCCACUACCAUUUUUAGAAGCUUCCGCUUGCCCCCACCAGAAAUGGAUGAUGCCGGAAUACAGAUGCUACUGGAAGGUGGUGGGCCCGGACACAAAAGUGUGGGUCGUUUUCGGGCUGAUUGCGGCCCGUAAAUACGGGACGGACAUAAGCUUGGGCCAAGCUAUGAUCGGAAGAGGGGACCCUUACCGAACCCUCCUAAGAGAAGGAACAACUUCACUACUGAACUCAUAUAACAGCAUUCAAUUCCCAUUUAAUUCGAUUUCUGUCGUCGAGCAUAUUAACUUGGCCUUAACCGGUUCGACUCGACAAGUUCUCCACACUGCUUUCGCCUUCAUGAAGGCUAAUUUGGGCAUUGGCUCUAAUGCAACCUGCAGAUUCACUUCCUGCAAUUGAUUAUUGUAACUUUAAUUAUAUUAGCCUCGAUUAUAUGAUACAGAUUGUACUAUAUAAUAUAUAUGAAUGGAGAGAGAUUUUAAUUUCUUUUU